AUGUCGAACUAUACAGACUAUUUGAGAAAACUUUACUAUACUCCUGGAAACCCAGGGUCAUUCGGAGGUCCAGAAAAACUCUAUCAAGCCGUAAAACAAGAUGGGAAGUAUAAAAUAGGAAGAAGACGAAUUAGACAAUUUUUGAACAAUGAAGAUUCCUACAGCUUGAUGAAACCUAUUCGUCGUACAUUUCCGCGCUCAAAGGUCGUAGUCGAUACAAUUGAUUCUAUGUGGGACGGUGAUUUAGCUGAUGUCAGCAAUAUUUCUCCCAAAAACGAGGGUUAUAAAUUUUUGUUAGUGUUGAUAGAUAUUUUCAGCCGUUAUUUGUUUAUAGUGCCACUGAAAAAUAAGCAACACCAAAACAUCACAGAUGGUCUAAAAUCUGUUUUUAAGAAAGGACGAAAACCGCAUACUCUUAGAACAGAUAAAGGUAGUGAAUUCAAAAAUCGCUGGGUAAAGUCCUUUUUGAAAAAAGAAGGCGUUCAUACCAUAUACACCCAGAACGAAACCAAAGCAAAUUAUGCUGAAAGAGUCAUCCGUACCAUGAAAAAUCUAAUGUAUCGUUACUUCAUCAAGAACAGAACAUAUCGUUAUGUCGAUAUUUUGCAAGAUUUAGUCACUAGUUAUAACCAAAGGCCCCACAGAUCUUUGGGUGAAAAUGCACCUGCAACUGUCAACGAGAAAAAUGCAGACGAAAUACGACUUACUGCAUAUUUGACCACAAAGAAAAAGAAUCCUAAGCUGAAAGCAAGCAAGUUGGAAAAACCAAAGGAAUCGAUGAGUAAGAAACGGAAUAAAAAGGUUUUUAAGUACAAAAUAGGAGACGACGUGCGCAUUUCACAGUUGAAACAUUCUUUUCAAAGAGAUUACCAGCAGAAAUGGACUGAAGAGUAUUUCAAAGUGUCUAAGCGAUACCAAAGAAAUGGAAUACAAGUGUACAAAAUAAAAGAUUUAGCUGAUGAUCCAAUAGAAGGUACUUUUUAUGAAUCGGAACUUCAAAAAGUCAUGAAGUCAGGAGAUAUUCUGUAUAGAAUCGACCAGGUGCUGAGAAAGAGAAAACGCGGUAAAACAAAGGAGGUGUACGUAAAAUGGGAGGGGUGGCCUAGUAAAUUCAAUUCAUGGAUUCCAGAAAGUUCUCUUGAAAAACCUAAAUAA